AGGGGGGUGAUGGGGGGAAAGAGGAAAGAAAAGGAAAAAAAAAAAAAAGAAAUGCUGAGUAAUGCCAGAGGUUUCUCAAAUGGCUGAUGCAAACCUGGAAAAUUUGCAUCAUCAUUCAGCUGGAGUAAGUUGGUAUGACAAGAGCUUAAAUACAAGUCCACGCGGAAGCUGAGCUGGUUUCCAAAGACAGGGCAGUACCAGCUGGCAGUCUGAAAGCACAGGUGUGACUGAGCUGGGCUCACAUCACAGUGAAGCCUCAGAUAUGUUCCAGGAGCUUGCUACCUGUGUGUAGAAGCAGCUGCAAAGAUAAGAGAGCAAGAGACUUAAAUAGCUGGUUACACGGGAGAGAAGUCGUUGUGUUUCAAACUUUCUUGGCUGUGCUUGCCGGUGGCACUGUAACAUGCUCAGGAAGGCUGCUGUAACCACGGUCUCUAAUGGAAGCUACUUGCAAGGGCAAGCUAAUGGCAGGUUGCUCUCUAUGGACAGCGGACAGCCAGGCCAAGAGGGAAAAGUUGUACUGAAGAAGAAAGUGACACUUUUGAGGGGGAUAUCCAUCAUAAUUGGCACUAUCAUUGGAGCUGGCAUCUUCAUCUCUCCCAAAGGCAUUCUGAAGAACACAGGAAGUGUGGGCAUGUCCUUGACUGUCUGGACAGUGUGUGGUAUCCUCUCACUCUUUGGUGCCCUCUGCUAUGCUGAACUGGGGACUUGCAUUAAGAAAUCUGGUGGUCAUUACACCUAUAUCCUGGAGGCCUUUGGCCCACUACCUGCCUUUGUGAGAGUCUGGGUUGAGUUACUCAUCAUUCGCCCUGCUGCUACAGCAGUGAUAUCCUUGGCAUUCGGACGUUAUAUUUUGGAGCCUUUCUUUAUGCAAUGUGAAAUCCCAGAACUUGCGAUUAAACUUAUUACAGCUGUUGGCAUCACACUGGUGAUGGUCCUGAAUAGCACAAGUGUCAGCUGGAGUGCCCGCAUUCAGAUUUUCCUUACAUUUUGCAAGCUUGUAGCAAUUCUGAUAAUUAUAGUCCCUGGAGUUAUCCAGCUAAUUAAAGGAGAAACACAGCACUUUAAAAAUGCCUUUGCAGGAAAUGAUGCCAGUGUGAUGGGAUUACCACUUGCUUUCUAUUCAGGAAUGUAUGCCUAUUCAGGCUGGUUUUACCUCAACUUUGUAACUGAAGAAGUGGAAAACCCUGAAAAAAACAUACCCCUCGCAAUAUGCAUUUCAAUGCUUAUCGUCACAGUUGGCUAUGUGUUAACAAACGUGGCUUAUUUCACUACAAUCAGUGCUGGGGAACUGCUGCUUUCAAAAGCAGUAGCAGUGACCUUUGCUGAACGAUUAAUGGGAAACUUUUCUUUAGCUGUACCAGUAUUUGUUGCGCUCUCCUGCUUUGGAUCUAUGAAUGGAGGCAUUUUUGCAGUUUCCAGGAUGUUUUUCGUCGCAUCUCGUGAGGGUCACCUUCCGGAAAUUCUCUCCAUGAUUCAUGUCCGCAAGCACACUCCUCUGCCAGCUGUCAUUGUUUUGCAUCCUCUCACAAUGAUAAUGUUAUUCAGUGGGGAUCUCUACAGCCUCCUGAAUUUUCUCAGUUUUGCCAGGUGGCUUUUUAUUGGACUGGUGGUUGCUGGGUUGAUUUAUCUGAGAUAUAAACGUCCUGAUAUGCCUCGUCCUUUCAAGGUGCCUCUUUUUAUCCCAGCGUUGUUUUCCUUCACCUGCAUCUUCAUGGUUGCACUGUCACUUUACUCUGAUCCAGUGAAUACAGGGAUUGGAUUUGCAAUAACCUUGACUGGAGUUCCUGCUUACUACCUCUUUAUUGUAUGGGACAAGAAGCCAAAGAGGUUUAGAAAGCUCCUAGACAGGGUAACUCUAACAUUGCAAAUCCUCUUGGAAGUUGUCCCAUCAGAGGAAGACCAGAAAUCAUGAUCUUCAUGUAUGGCUUUUGGCUUGGUGUUUUCAUUUUGACCUGCAGAAAAGGGUAGGAAGAUUUCCCCCACUUCCUAAUGUUCUGCAAACUGGAGGAACAAGUCACAGCUGAGAUGGAUACUGAGCAAGUCAUCUACCAGAACUGUAUUUUAUGAUGUUCCAAAAAUUUUGUCCAUGCUGUUGGUUUAUUUGUAGAAAGCAAGAACUGUGUUGUGAGGGAACUCCUCUUUUCACUCUUUCUUUUGUUCAAUGUCACAUUUUAACAAGCCACAAGUUUGGCAAACUAGGAUUGUGGUUGCAUUGUGACUGAAAAUAGGUUUCAGCAGUAUGUAAGUUGCAGUUAGGUGUACUGUGAAGAAUGUAUCCUACUUGCUGUCCCUGAAGAACCCAGCUCUCACCAGGAAAAGGGUGAGAUAAAGCUUUGCUGAGUUCCAAUUCCCAGUGUUCUUCUUGUCAUUCUGUUUGGCAGCUCAAUUUGACUUCUCCUGGCUCGCUGGGAGCACCAGCAUGCUGAGACAGAAGCACAGCUCAUUCCACACUUUUGUGGUGGCAAAUUCAAAGUUCUUUCAUUCCAGAAUUGUUAUACUGUAGCUAAAGGGAGCAUCUACAGAGAAUUGUUUUUUUUAACCAGUGGGGCAGGGAGAAUUUAAGCCCAAAGGCAAUAAUUUGAUACUAGUUAAAGUUUCUCCCAGUCUGUAUCUGACAAUUUUUUAGCAAUGUUUCUUU